UGAAACUUCUUCAGUCACAGCUCCAGAUUUCCAUCACAAUGGAGACACAGACUUCCCCACCUGCCUCAGGUGUAAAUCUGCAAUACAAUGACUGCUUUCAAAUCGUCUCCCUAUUCUACCCAGCAUAUUGGAAGUGUGCAUAAAAUCAUAAGGAUGGGAACUUCUCUGGUGUGAGGAAACUGUCUCGAUGUCAGUCUGGGAGAGUGUGAGAUGAAACAGCGAGUGUCCGUAACUGGAUAACCUGAAGGACGGUGUCCACGUCUCCUCACAAGUGCUCACUUUAAUUAAGGUUAGCAGAGAGGAGGGAAGCCAUAAUGACAUGUGAGCAGCAUCCUGGCGCUUUGCUUUGCUGAUCUCAUCGCUCCCAUCAGACAUUAACAUCUCAGGACACACAAAGAAACGGAGCACACAAGGUCAUGAUCUCCUGUUUGACUGACGGCGAGUGAAACACAACACUGCAUGUGGAUGAGGAAGUGCAGCUCGACAGCUCUUUCCCCUGUGACGGCGCUGCCUCCACAGAUAACAGAGCUUCUACCUGAGCUACAGAGUCACCUGAGAGGAGAGAGAGGACACACUUCUGUCGUUUCUUCUUUAGGUUAUAUCGGCUGUCUCCCAUCAGGAAAAGGAAUGGAGCACAGAGGCAGCGUCAGACCUUUUGUCAACUUUAACGCCAAACACGAUGCUGAACUCCUCCAUAAAGCCAUGAAAGGAAUCGGUACGGAUGAAGACGCCAUCCUCAUGCUUCUGGCAGCACGUAGCAACGAUCAACGCCAGCAAAUCAAAGCAGCGUACAAAAAGGCGUACGGAAAGGACUUGGUCAGUGCGUUGAAAUCGGAGCUUGGUGGGCUGUUUGAGACUCUGAUUGUGGCCUUGAUGACACCUCCAACUUUAUAUGAUGCAACCCAACUGCACAAGGCUCUGAAGGGCGCAGGGACUGAUGACGACGUGCUGAUUGAGAUACUGGCCUCCAGGACUGGAGAACAGAUUAAAGAUAUCAUCAAAGUCUACAAGAAAGAGUUCAGCAGCAAGCUGGAGAAAGAUAUCUGCUGUGACACCUCGGGGCACUAUCAGAAACUACUGGUGAUCCUCCUGCAGGGGAGCAGAGAGGUGGGAGUGGACGAGGCAAAGAUCGAGAAAGACGCUAAGGACUUGUAUGCCGCUGGGGAGGGCAAGUUUGGCACAGAUGAGGAAAAAUUUAUCACAAUCCUUGGCAACAGGAGCGCAGAGCAUCUCAGAGAAGUGUUCGAUGCCUAUAAAAAGAUCUGCGGCUCAGAUAUCGAGGACAGCGUUAAAGGAGAGACCACAGGGAAUCUGGAGAACUUACUGCUCGCUGUUGUGCAAUGUACAAAGAGUGUACCAGAAUUUUUUGCUGAAGGCCUCAGUAAAUCCAUGAGGCGUGCUGGAACUGAUGACGACACCCUAAUGAGGAUAAUGGUGUCCAGAAGUGAGGUGGACAUGUUGGACAUCAGAACCAGCUUCAAAAAGAUGUAUGGAGCAUCUCUGUACACUACUAUCCAGGAGGACACAGGUGGAGACUACCAGAAGGCUCUGCUCUACCUCUGUGGUGGGAAUGAUUAAUGGUUUUUAUGAUGUGUUCAGCAGCACUGAAUGAACGAUGAGUCUCAGUGUCGCUGCAGGACAAAGCAACACAUGAGAUGAGCGUAUCGAUCCAGAGUUGCUGAUUCUCUCUAACUUUGGCUUGCUAUUGAUUGAAUUAGUGUGAAAUAUUCACCUGUCGUUUUGACUUCUGUUAAUGUGCAUGAGAAGCAGCUUAAGUGUGUUUACUGUUUGUGAAAAUUGAAAAAAAAAGCUCAAGCACAGUAAUGAGAGUGGUGCUUUAUUUUUAAUUUAAAGGAUGUAGGCAGCUUUGUGUGAAAUAAUUAAAUGUGCUCUCA